AUGCCUGCAGCAGCAACAGCAGCAGCAGCAGCAGCAGCAGCAACAGCAGCAACAGCAGCAACAGCAGCAGCAAAAGCUGUGAAGGUCGCUGCUGCAGCAGAGCAAGUAUUAGCGGCUUCAUCAGCAGCUGCAGCAGCAAAAGAAGCAACACGCAAACAGCAGCAGCAGCAGCGGCAGCAACAACACCACCAGCAGCAGCAACAGCAGCAGCAGCAGCAGCAGGUCGCUGCUGCAGCAGAGCAAGUAUUAGCAGCUUCAUCAACAGCUGCAGCAGCAAAAGAAGCAACAUGCAAACAGCAGCAGCAGCAGCAACAACAACACCAGCAGCAGCAGCAACAGCAGCAGCAGCAGCAGCAGCAGCAGCAGCAGCAAAGUGAAGCGGACCGCAUGCGGGGUUCUGGUGGAGACCCCCGAGGAGAAAGGAGACACCAAACCCUCUCUUCUGGGUAG